UGAGCCCGAGGGGGAGCGAGCGCCCGGCUCGUGGCGGAAACGGGACGGCAUGCGCGCCAAUAAGCGGGACAGAUUGUGCCAGACUUGAGUCCAGCAUUUUUUUUUUAUUUGCAUGAUUUAUAUAUUUUUAUUUUAUUUGCCUGCAGUACAGUAGUGUAUCUGAAAUUAUACUUAAUUAACAGGGAGAAAAGCAAACGCUUAUCACCAGAGUGAAAACCACUGGCCUGUACUGCACGUCCAAUAGUAAAUGAGUAAUGCAUUCAUUUGAUUGCUCGAUGUACAUGAGGCUCUAAGAUGCUUUGGAAGCGUUCCUGUAACACACUCCGUUUAACCAGCAGUACAGAAAGUUCCCACGCUGCUGUAAAUCACGCCCUUCCAAGACUGGUGUGCUUUAAUGCCCGACAGACGCAGCAGGAUUGUCUCAUAUUCUGCUGGUGUUAUUAGAGCGGGUGGGACAGGCUGGCAGUGUUUGGAUUCUGUUCUGGUGAUUAAUAAAAAUGCAAUAACGAGAAAGUGAAAGCUUGCAGUUUCGGGUCGGAGUCGUUCCGGGCAGGGAACACACAAUAAACGCUUACACUGCCGUGUCCCGUGCUUCCUGGGCACCAAACCUCCAGUUUUUAAUCUUGCCUGCGGAGACAAUUUAGCUUGAACAUACUUGUGUGCCAACAGCACUUUCAGCCGGGGUUCGUGUAUUGUUUUAAUUUUUGCCGCGGUGACGCCAGAACCUUUGCUGUACGUCUAUAUCGGAAUGUGCGUGUGAGGUCGCGUUCAUAAUCAUUGCUCGUCUCUUCAGUCUCAACCUUUCUGGACACAUGGUAUCAGCAAUUACACUUAAUCACCUCACCCCGCAGACAGCAAUGUGUGCUAAACACUACGCUCUAGGUGUGAAUAAUGUUCGACGCCUUAUGUCUUAUUGUUUAUUUUAUUUUGGGGGCGUUUGUAACUGAAUGAAGCAAGCAGAAUUAAUUCUCUUGAAUCGAUGCCCAUUAAUCGAAGUUAUAAAUACGAAGGGAAGCUUGGAGAAGUGAGGACUUAUUAUUACGAAAAGCGAAUAACGGUCACGAUCCAUCCACCGGCCUAUUAAGAAAGCAAAUGCUAAUUAACAGAGCCGAAUGCGUUUUGAGCACAAAGCGAGGAAACCGGAAAGCUCAGAGAAAAGCCCCAGAAGGUACCCCAGGCCGGACCUCGAACCCAGAACCAAAUGACUCGUGAGGCGGCAGUACCAAAUACUGGCAUUUAACUGGGGGGAAAAAAAUUAGAGAGCCUCCGAUUGCAUAUUAACACAGCGACAUCUAGUGUACACGAUAGAAACAAUCUGUAGGUGCUGGACAGCGGUAGUGUAACACCAGCAAAGAGUUAGGAGGGGUGUGGAUUUCGCAGAAUGUGCACGGUUAUCACUAAACUGAUUUAAAGGUGUCAUUCCGAGCUGGUCAGACAAAACACCACGCUUUCGGUUUAAACGUUGCUCCGUAUUUGUAGCACUGGAGCAGCAAAGACAUCGAUUGACGUAAAGCAUUAAGCGCCGGGUGCCGUUACGCCAAGCCAUGCGCUAAAUUAAAAUUCAGAGCAGCUCGCCACGGAUAUCCGACAGAAACGUCAGGCCCUAACCGCUACGCCUACGGCUCUGGCGUUGUUAAACUCCUGAAUUCAUUAAAGACGCGUUUCCGUUCUCAUAAUGAGAGAGAAAAAAAGUAUUACAACUAUUGCAGAUGUGGACAACUUUGUUCAACUUGACAACCGCAGGGCAGCGGUCUCUAUGGGAACUCCAACACGAGGCUGAGAUUGACACGUCUCGUGUCUCCAUGGAGAUACCAGGGCAAACAGGUGCAGCGGGUCACAGGUUUCCUGUGUCUCCUUGGAAACCGAGGCACGUUAAAGGUUUUCUUUAGGAGGAAUAUUUUUUGAUAAACUAUUCUUCUAUAAAAGUAUGGUUAGGUUUUACGUCAGUACGGUGCUCACUACAUUUAAACUAAACAAAGGUAAAGAAAGCCGAGCGGGUCUGUCCGAGCAGCCACAGCAACCUGCGACCAGCGGCCUCCUGCACCUCGCAGUCACCCAGCCUGGCUCUGUCUGGCAGGCUGCCGGCAUCGCUGAGCCCCCCUCUCACCCAGCAGGACCGCAGGGGAGUGAAAGCUUGACGUGGAUGGAUGGCCGUGUUCUCGCUGCGCAGUAUUCUCCAGAGGGAGGUCUUCACUCCGCGGGGGGAGCGCCUGCUGGGUGUGUCCUUCGUCUGGAAAGCCCGCAGGAAGAGGAAGAGUGCCAUCCUGUGUGCAGCAGUGAGUUCAGACCAGUCUGGGCAGGUCGUCCUGGUGACCGUGAAGGCGGACAGGGAGCACUACAAGCUGUCGGCAUGCUGGCCAGCCACAGAGCUCACACUGGUGGAUGGGAAAGAUGCUGUCAAGGAGACAGCAGAGUUCCACCUGCACCUGGACAAGGUAUAUAAAUGGGUAUCAAGCAGCUCUGGGGAGAAAACUGCCUUCGUCUCUUGCUUAUGGAAGAUCAACCAGCGCUACCUGCAAGACAAAGUCAAGUUUAUCAACAUUAGCCCCUCUAUCCUAGAAGAGGUGUUGCCAUGGCAGCAGGGCAGGGCAGUGAGCUCGCAGGUUGAGGAGGAGGAGGACGGGUACCAGGAGCUGACAGCACGGGAGGCUGCUGAUAUCCAGUACCUGAUGGAGCAGAGUGAGCUGGCUGUGUCCAAUGCCAAGGCCUUCACACAAACACUGCAUGCUAACCUACAGGCCCUAGAUAAGGAGAACCUGCUGGCCUUGCUGGACUCCGAGCGGCAAGUGGGCAGCCUGGUGCAGCUGCUUGAGGUGGGGCUGGAGGAGGUGGCCCGAAUCGAGCAGUCGCUGAGCCACCACGACUCACUGCUGCGCACCGUGCAGCAGCAGAUGGACAGCAUCCACACGCGCAAUGCCUGGCUGCAGCGCAUCGACCGCAACCACGGCCUGCUGGACGCCGAGCUUUCCUACCUGGUGGACAGCCUGACUCUAAGCGAGGAGCAUGUCUGGGUUCUGAGUGAAGGGGAUCUUGGGAAGGAGCGGGAUGUGAAGGCAUGUGUUGCUGCGGUUCGAGCCCUGACCAACUGUGCCAACACACCGCUGACCCCAGGGCAGCGCAAACUGCAUGCCGUGGCAGAGCAGCUGAUCAAGUUUGAGAGUCUGCGUCAGAUCUUUGAGCAGCGCAGCUCCUUGUACAUCAACGCCCUCAUUGUCCAACAGGAUGUGGCAAAUACUGGAGCUGCUGCAGUGGACGGAGACAGGCUGGUUCUACCAAAGCUCACAGAUUUUCACCAGCAGCUGACACAGUAUGCACCACUGAUGGACUGGUUAAGAGAGACCAACCCUACUGCCUUUCAGCACCUGCAGAAGGUGUAUACUGACAUUAUUGGAAAGCUUUAUGAUAGACAAAUGAAGGACCUUUUUGACGCAGCCAAAUUCAAGGUGUCUGGAGUCAAGGAGACAAAGAGAUUUGGUAUGAUUCCUGUGCUCCAGGGGUCUAUGGAAAGAGCCCCCAACUCCAGUUCUUCAUCAUCCAGUGCAGAGUGGAGACCCAAGAGGGUUGUUGAGCAGAUGUUGAGCGAACUGAGUUCUGUUCUCAUCGCGGAGCAACAGUUCCUCACCAUUUUCUUUGCACUGAACAGAGGAGACAGAGGCAGCAAGCACAGUCUCAGCACUGAGUACCCAGCUGUAACCAUAAGCAAUGUGGCUGACCAGACUAAAUUGCCAGCAGGACACAAGAAGAGGCCAUGCAGCUGGAUAAGAGUGUCAAACACUGCUCCCCUGGUAUCAUACGGCCCAGGAAGCUUAGAUUGCAUGCAGGAGCUGCUGGGGUGUGUGGAGCCCCGGCUGAGUGUUCUGCUCGCCCUCUGUGAGAAGACAGAGCCACUCAGCUGCCUGUGGAUGCUGAAGGAAACUGACCAGCGUCUCCACAGCACGCUGCGCAACCCCCAUGCCUCUUUCUACUGCUCCCUUCUCUUCUGCACCCUGCAGCUGAGCCAGCAAAGCCUCCAAGGGCACACUGAAGCUCUGUGCAAGGAGAUUGAAAACUUGCGGCUUUCCAAGAAGGCUCGGAUGGGGCUGCUGCCAUUUGUGCCCCGACUGGAGGAGUUUGUGUCAGAAGGGGAGAACGUUCUGCGCGGCUCGGAGCGGCGCUGGGGGCUGGAUGCUGCGUACAGGCAGCUCUUUACUGCUGCCUUCCAGAGCUUGGAGAGCCUGUCCACCCAGAGCUUGCGCACACACCCCCUAGUGGUGCUGCUGCUGAACUUCCACCGGCUACACGGUUUCAUAUCCCGCUUGCAUCUGCCGGAGCUGGAGUCGCUGUGCGAAGAGGCCAGAGAGAAGAGCGCCCUCUACCGGCAGCAGUAUGUCACUCUGAACCUGGGGCAGCCGCUUGGCACACUCACUGAGUUCCUGGGAGGGGUGCGGACGUGCCUGGCCCACGGCGUGCGCGAGGAGGAGGUCUGUUUCAAGCUGGCGUACAGCAAGCAGGAGCUGCGCAAGGUCAUAGAGCGUCACCCAGGGCGGGAGGUGCGCAAGACCAUCGAGACGCUGUACAAGCGGGUCAGCAGACACCUGGCUGAAGACGAGAGCCUCCUGCAGGUGGUGUGGAGAGCCAUGCAGGAUGAGUUGACAGAGCAGUGCCGCGGGUUCGAGCAGCUGAUCGAGAGGUGCUACCCUGGAGCCAGGAUCAAGCUGGAUUUCACUGAGGAGGAACUGCAGCAAUACUUCAGCUCUGUCAGCUUUAGAGAUAGAGAGUGAGGGACAGAGACAGGAAGACUGAGGGGUGGAGUGAGUGACAAAGAGAGAGCACGGAUGAGUGACUUCCACUGACACCUAUUCAUUUGUAAGGGUUCAUGUCAGAUGUUAGAUUUAUAGUCCAAGAAUAAAUCUAUUGUAAAGUGA